CGCUGAUUGGCCACCAGCCUCCGAGAAGCCGCGUAAGAGAUUGCAGUGCAAACCCGAGGCGCCAUCAGUUUUGACCCGGUGUCCAAGCUAGUAGGUUGUGUCUUCGUCGGCGCGUUUCACCAUGAGAAAGUUUGGCCUUCUCAGCAAGGCCCUGCCUAAGUUGCAGCCCAAAAGCAUUCCCAUCGAUUAUACAAAUUUCAUGAACGAGGUGGCUUUGUCCAGAAAGCCGUCUGUGCUGCGCGAACUAAUGAAAAAUCAUGCUACCGCUUCAAAAGAGGUUGUCUUCAUUGGUGAAGGUUUGCCUCACCCUGAAACCAUGCCCUUUCAAGAUAUUUCCUUCACCCUCAAGGAUGGAACCAAAACCGUUCUUCAAGGCUCCGAACUCGUCACUGCUAUAAACUACCUUCCAACCCAGGGAAACCCCGCGUUUGUUAAAAAGCUACAAGAGUUCAUUUUGGAGUACCAUUCGCCUCCUCGAUGGGAGGAACGCGAUGUGAUUGCAACCGUCGGCUCGCAGGACGGCCUGAGCAAGGUCAUCGAGAUGAGUUUUCGAAAAGGCGACUCGAUGGUCGUCGCCGACCCAGUGUACUCGGGACUUAUAUGCAAUGUUCGUCCGUACCAAGCAAAUCUCAUUUCUGCGGCUUUCGGUAGGAAUGGUGUCGACACAGUGGAAAUGAAAGAAAAACUCACUGCAAUUUGGGCGUCACGAUCAAGAGACGUAAAAAUUCCAAAAUUGCUAUAUUUGAACCCUGUCGCAAACAACCCUAGUGGACAUGUGAUAAGUGAUGAGCAAAAGCAGGAGAUUUACGACAUUGCUUGCGAAUUCAAUUUGCUCAUUCUCGAAGACGACCCUUACUAUUUCCUCAGCUUCCAAGAGGAACUUCCCAAAAGCUUCCUAUCCAUUGACACGGAAAAUCGAGUUGUGCGCUUUGACUCUUUCUCCAAAAUCUUUGGAGGUGGAUUGAGGGCAGGCUGCAUGACGGGGCCAAAGGAAAUCGUUCGCGUUAUUGAAAUGCACAUGCAAGCGUCCGUCCUUCACACUUCCUCCCUUGCACAAAUGAUAGUUUUGCAACUUCUAAACCAGAUGGGCUGGGACGGAUUCAAAAAGUACACCAUGAAUGUGAAAGAGUUUUACAGGGUACGCAGGAACCAAAUGAUAGCUCUUGCUGAGAAAUACCUUACAGGUUUAGCUGAAUGGGACGUGCCAGGUGGCGGAAUGUUCCUCUGGGUUAAAGUGAAAGGAGUGGAGGACGUGUUGGCGAUGGUGAUGGAAAGGGGACUGAAAAAGAAUGUGAUGCUCAUACCAGGACACGCGUUCAUGGCCGACCCUUUGAAACCCUGCCCGUACAUUAGACUGUCUUAUUCACUGGUGCCCAUGGACGACAUCGAGAAGGCCAUGCAGAGGUUGGCUGCUCUCAUUAAGGAAGAACAGCUCAUUGAAUCUCAAAAGUGAACAAAACAAAAUUUGAACUCAAAUGUGCAAACAAAAUGUAAUAGUUAAGUAAACAAAAAUACUAGUAAAAAAAUGUGAUUAAUGUGAUAGCUUGUAAGCUUUUAAUAAAUGUUAAGUUUUCAAAAUAAUUAAACAAUUA